CAACUCAUGCGGAGUAACCGCCAUUCGGUAUCACACUGCUCACUGACUCAACGAUUUCAUUCCUCCAAAGGCACCAAGCGAGAGACAAUCUCGUAUGUUGGGUUGAUAAGAAGACGCAGCUGUGCAAGAGCAAGGACACCUCCCGUUGACGGCAUAUCGCAGUUGAGAGCAGUACCAGAUCGCCCACUAUGUCAACUACCACAGCCGUCACAUCAUCCGCACCCGCACAAGCACCACCGGCACCGACGCCGCUCGGUUCGGCGCUGGACUCGGGCAAGGCGGGUAGCGGCAAGGUCAAGCGCCUACACCAAAUCCCGGUUCCCGAAUCCAAAGAAGCCGCCCAGAAAUGGCAGCUGGAACAGAUGGCGGCCGCGUUUCGCAUCUUUGCAAAGUUGGGCUUCUCUGAUGGCAGCAGUGGUCACAUCAGUCUACGAGAUCCUAUUAGGCCGGACACGUUCUGGAUCAACCCGUAUGGAGUGCACUUUGGUGUGCUUAAGGUGUCGGACAUGGUCCACAUUGACGAGGACGGCAACCGUAUCGGCGGUGCCGAUAAGCCGGUAAAUACCGCCGGCUUCACCAUUCACUCCGUUCUCCACAAGAGGAGGCCGGAUAUCAAUGCUGCCUGCCACAUGCACAGCCCGUAUGGCCGGGCGUGGAGCACCUUCGGACGUCCGAUCGACAUGCUUAACCAAGACUCGUGCAUGUUCUACAACGAUCUCUCAAUUUAUGAAGGGUUCGGCGGCGUCGUACUGGCAAAAGAAGAGGGCGAGCACAUAGCCGACGCCCUCGGUCCCACCAACAAGAACAUCAUCCUUCAGAAUCAUGGACUGCUCACCGCCGGCGGGACUGUGGCUGAGGCAGCUGCCUUCUUCAUCGCCCUCGAGCGUUCUUGCCAGUCUCAGUUCCUCGUGGAGCAGGCUGUUGCUCCUGGAACCAAUGGUGCUGCCGGUGGAUUGAAGAAGACGUUUGUCGGCGAGGAGGAAGCACAGUACACAAAGGAUGGCACUGGUACGCCUGAAGUCAUGUACAUGCAAUUUGUGCCAGAGUAUCAGUUGAUUCUGAAGGAGUCAGGGGGUGACUUUUUGUCUUGAGACUGUGUAGGUAGACUUGUCUUGGAAUAAUGAAAGAGAAAAAAAGUCCUUCCAAUCAGCUUUCUCAACGAGACUGUGAUUGCUGAAUGUCUGUUCAUCAUCCUCCCUAUUCCCGCUCCCAGCGCCUCAAGAUCCUCAGCCACAGCUGAACUGAAUCAACAACACCCCCCAGGAGUGACCGUUGUCUUGUUGGC